AAAUCUUUUGCCAAUCCUCACUGUUUAUCACGGCACAUACGAAUUCAUACUGGUGAAAAGCCUUAUCAAUGUAAUAUUUGUAAAAAGGCUUUUAAUCAAUCAUUUCACUUAACUAUCCAUAAGCGAUUACACACUGGCGAUUUAAGAUAUCAAUGUAACAUUUGCUGUCGACGUUUUGUUCAAAGUAAUGAUCUCAAGAAGCAUUACAGAACUCAUACUGGUGAGAAACCGUAUCAUUGCAGUUAUUGUCAAAAAUGUUUCGCCGAUGCUAGCCAACUAAAAAAACACAUGCGGAUUCACACUGGCGAAAAGCCCUACAGGUGUAUCGUAUGUCAGCGUCGUUUUACGCAAUCUGGAGCUUUAAAAAAGCACUCUCAUAUUCAU